AAAAAAUAAUGGGAGGGUUCACGAAGGUGGAUCGAAAGCGUCCAUAGAAUGCGAGCAAACGAUACUAAUGAAUCCCUCGAUCGCUUUGACUUGAGAAGGGUUUCAACUUUCACUUUUCUUCUGGAUUUUCCUAGCCCAACGAUCGGUCGAGAAUCUCUUUCAUUUUACGACCGGCAGGCAAGAACUAACAGCUGCCUGUAAGGUGGUAUUUGGAAUCAAGCGGGAUAAUUCUAUACCAUCUCUGUCGAACCUAGCUGGCCCUUUAAAACUUCUCGGUUGUCAUCAUGGAGAGGCAACACCAUCGUCGUUUAAUGAGAAGACGAUGGGUAACAACAUCUGGAAUUUGCGGGAACAAAAUGCAUCCUCCUUUAACAUUACACAGGCAUCCAAUGUGUGCAGAAAUCAUUGAAGAAUUUCAGAAGUGCCAUGCGGACCAUCCUGUCAAAAAAUUCUUUGGUGAGUGCACAGAUCUCAAGAUAAAGCUUGAUCGCUGUUUCCGGCAAGAGAAAGCUUUAAAGAGGAAGGCAAACUUUGAACAGAGUAAAAAGUUGAGGGAGAGACUACAAGCUUACAGGAAGGAGGAUGCUGAGAAAAUCUCGUAACGGUAACAUGGUUGAAAGCUUUCAGCAUUGAAAUAACAAUCCUUGUAGAAAGAAAGGGGCAGCUUCUAGUGUAACAGAAAUUAUGGUCUCCUAACCAUGUUCAAGAAAUAUGCUGGGAUUUUGGCCAUUUCACGCUGUAUUUUAAAAAUUUAAUACACUUGGUCAAGAUAAAAUUAGAGUGCAAUUUCUUUGCCAUCACGAGCAUGAGCUCUUUGCAUUUGAUUUAUGGAAGCGGCAAUUGAGCUGUUAA